GCACGCAAAUUGAUUGAUGCAGAAAAAUGCACGAAUGCACUCAGAUUUUAUAUUGUUAUGUUGAAUUUCGUUGAGAAUUUAUGUUUGUGUGUUGUGGAUUAAUCUUUUGUUGAUUUGAAGAUGUAGAUUGUUGUUAUCGCCGUCAGGCAGUAGUGACUGGUGUUGAAUUUAAUGUUAAUAAGUAUGGUAUGUGCAUAAAAGGCACUAUUCAGGUUUCGAGGUAUUCACAGUUAGUUGUAGCUUCAUAGUUCAUAUCGGCUUGUGUGCUCAUUAAUAAAUAGGGUGCAUAAACAUAGACGACUUUUACUUAGAAGCUGUAGAACAACCACAUAAGCUAGUGCAAUAAAUUAACUAAUAUUCCAUGAUGGAGAAACCAAACGAGUCUACAUGUGAUCUUAUUAAACCCAAGGAAGAAGUGUUAGAAGACCCGUUAAUGACCGACAACUAUGAGGAUGCCACAGACAUUGUACCCAAGAAAGAGCCAUCGGACCAACACCGAGAUGAUGAUCUGAGUGACAACAAAGUGGACAUGGGCAUGCCCAUCAAGACAGAACUAACUUUAGGUGCCAACAUCGCUCAACUACGCAGGCAAUACGAGUUAUCUCAACAUGGAAGAGUAUCCAAGGAUAUGUGUAUAGAGAUUGAGAUUAAAGUAGAGCCAAAGUCGGAGGCUGAGGACUGUAUGCCGGCGCAGGACUUUCCUUCACUGAAGAAUUAUAUGCACACUCAAUGCAUCACUGAAAAAAAGGAAAUUCCCUCUUUCAAUGUCUGUGACAAUCAAUCGAAAUACAAAAGUUUAUUACUUCGCGAGACGAAGACUCGAACUAGGCCAUUUUCUUGUUAUCUAUGCCAGACAAAAUUCACAAAUAAGGAUGAUUUAAAAAAUCACAUAAGAACUCAUUCUGGUGAGAAAACCCUUUCGUGUGACCAAUGCCAGAAAAAAUUUGCGCACAAAAAGAAGUUGCGUGACCACAUGAGAACUCAUAUUAGGGAGCAGCCUAUGACUUGUGACGUAUGCCAGAAAAAAUUCACACAGAAAGUUAGCUUCAAAAAGCACAUGAAGACACACCGUAGUGUAAAACCGCAUUGUUGUCAUGUAUGCCAGAAGAGAUUCACUCAAAAAGCGUAUCUAACUAAGCAUUACAAAACUCACACUGGUGAGAAAGAGUACCCUUGUGACGUAUGCCAGAAGAAAUUCACACAGAAGACUUAUUUGGCGAAACACAUGAAGACACACACGGGACAGAAACUUAGUGUUUCUUGUGGGCUGUGCCAGAAAAAAGUAACUGAUAAAAGUAGAUUAGUGGAGCACAUGAGGACUCACACUGGAGAGCAGCCCUUUUCUUGUGAUGUGUGUGAGAAAAGAUUUACACAGAAAAGUAAUUUGAAAGAGCAUAUGAAAACACACACUGGUGUGAAACCUUAUUCUUGUGAUCUGUGCCAGAAGAAAUUUUCUCGGAAGGGUAAUUUGCAACAGCAUAGGAGAAUUCACACGGGCGAGACAUCUUAGUAGAAGACGUACUAACUAAGCAUAUCAAAGCUCACACUGGUGAGAAAGAGUACCCUUGUGACGUAUGCCAGAAGAAAUUCACACAAGACUUAUUUGGCGAAACACAUGAAGACACACACGGGACAGAAACUUAGUGUUUCUUGUGAGCUAUGCCAGAAGAAAUUUUCUCGGAAGGGUAAUUUGCAACAGCAUAAAAGAAUUCACCUGGGGGAGUCAUCUUAGUAGAAGGCGUAUCUAACUAAGCAUAUCAAAACUCACACUGGUGAGAAAGAGUAUCCUUGUGACGUAUGCCAGAAAAAAUUCACACAGAAGACUUAUUUGGCGAAACACAUGAAGACACACACGGGACAGAAACUUAGUGUUUCUUUUGAGCUAUGCCAGAAGAA